AUGGAACAGACUAAAGUUAAUACGCCUAGGCUUUUUAUGUGCACCGCUAUAGAAAACAAGGAUGAAAUAGAAGAGAGAUAUGAAAGAGCUUAUAAUUUUUUUCAAUCUCUUGUGGCGGACUGCAGUGAAAAGGAAGCUCACGAUGCACUUAAUAAUGCCGUUUGUAAAAAUCACGAAGACGUAUCAUUGGGGAUGCUCAUGUCCAUUCUUACUGAACCUCACAAUGCCACCAAGUGUUACAGAGACCUUACACUGAUCACGAGGGAUGGGUUAAACUCCGUACUUAACAACCUGUCCACUUUAAUCCUAGAAAGGUAUUUAAAAUUCCAGGACAUGACCCGUAAUCAAUUGUUAUGGCUUGUGAAAGAAAUGAUAAGAAAUGCAGUAACUGGUGUUGAUAGUGUUUGUUGGAACUUAAUGCGUUAUGCCUCAGGAGGUGACAUCACACCUAAAAAUAUUAUAUUAGUUGAAUCUCUUUUAGAUAUUUAUAUUGACAAUCGAAUGUGGCUAGAUAAAUUUCCAGUUCUUGUUUGUAUGGUAGUGUACACUUAUUUGAGAUUAAUUGAAGAUCAUAACAUACCACAGUUAAUGGCACUAAGGCAGAAAGAAGUAAAUUUUGUUAUAGCUCUUAUACGGGAGCAUUUUAAUGAGGUUCUAACUCUUGGUAGAGAUUUAGUGAGACUGUUACAGAAUGUGGCUCGUAUUCCUGAAUUUAACCAAUUGUGGCAAGAUAUUUUAAUGAAUCCUAAAUCUUUAUCACCAACAUUUACGAAUGUUAUGCAACUUCUGCAAAUCAGAACAUCAAGAAGGUACUUACAAUCAAGAUUAACCCCAGACAUGGAACGGAAAUUGGUCUUUCUAACGUCACAAGUCAGAUUUGGUCACCAUAAAAAAUAUCAGGAGUGGUUUCAACGGCAAUAUCUUGCUACUCCAGAAUCUCAGUCGCUAAGGAGUGAUAUGAUUCGAUUUAUUGUAGGUGUAAUACACCCUACUAAUGAAUUACUUUGCUCUGAUAUUAUUCCAAGAUGGGCGGUUAUUGGAUGGCUAUUAACAACUUGUACAUCAAAUGUGGCUGCAUCAAAUGCUAAGUUGGCCCUUUUCUAUGAUUGGCUAUUCUAUGACCCUGAAAAAGACAAUAUAAUGAACAUAGAGCCGGCUAUACUAGUGAUGCACCAUUCAAUGAGAUCACAUCCAGCGGUAACAGCAACAUUACUAGAUUUUCUUUGCCGUGUCAUCCCAAAUUUCUAUCCCCCGUUUGCUGAUAAAGUCAAACAAGGCAUCUUCAACUCUUUACAGCAAAUAAUUGAAAAAAGAGUAUUACCAAAUUUACAGCCAUUAUUUGAUUCUCCAAAAUUAGACAGAGAAUUGCGCACAACAGUUAGAGAAACAUUUAAAGAGUUCUGUAGCAAUGGAAAUGGGGAGGGCGUAUCAGGGAUUCGUGACGAAGGAAAUGAUGAUUUACCAAGAGGUGGUCCAGAUGAGCCAGCUUUUUCUGACGAUGAAGAUGACAUGCUUCCAACUAUAGCUGAAGACACCGAUGACGAUGAUUUGCCAUUAUCAGAAGUUCGCGCCAGGGAACGGCCCGAGUUGGCCGCCGCUAUGCCACUAUUGUUACGACCUUUUGCUGAAACAUUACUAGACGAACGUUCGUCCACUGCCGCUACUGCGUUACUAAACGCCUGCAGCAGCCCCAUGCCAACAGCAACGGCAUUAGCUGAUUUAUUCGCUGCUACACUGCAAGAAGCACCGCCCUUACACAUCAAUCGCAAUCCUACGCCAGCUGAACUAGACACUGUAAUGAACUCUCCAAUAUUUUCCAUGUUCAACUAUCUCGUUGGAAGCAAUGAUAGCAAUGAAGCUAAACGUAAACUAGUAUUAGAAACAUUCAAAGAAAUAUAUGCACAGAGUUCCGUACAUAGUGUAGGUUACUGUUUACUAUUUUAUCUUAAAGUAUGUUAUGAAAGAGAGCGGCGUGCAGAGAAAGAUCCGGUUAAAAAGAGGAAUGUUAAGUUUAAAGUGGAAGUAUAUAAAGAGUAUUGUAGUUUCUUAGAAUUAAAACUUGCUGAGAGCUUAGCUGAUGAUUUUGAGAGGUGCCAAGAAUGUGAUGCGAAUGUACUUGUAUGGUUAAUACCAGAUGUAUAUAGAGAGUUUAAAGAUCAAGUCCAAAAUCACAUCAGACUACUGCACAUAAUUGUUUCUACAUUAGAUGCAGGACAAUUGCAGCGCCUCGUGUGUCUGACGUUACAAGGCAACUUGAUGAUGUUCAAAUCUGAUGAUAUAACAACCAUGCUCUCAACAAGUCUCGGUUGGGAGACCUUUGAACAGUAUUGUCUGUGGCAACUACUGACUGCACAUGAAAUUUCAGUAGAAGACGUGUUGCCAAUUAUACCUAAACUUUCAUAUAAAGAUCACGCGGAGGCACUGACAUCAGUCCUAUUAAUGCUAAAACAAGAACGGCCCACAGCAGAUGUGGUCCGGCAAAUGUUUUGUAGGACAGUUGAUGAUGAGGAUACAUUUGUAGUCUCUACAGUAAUGUACUGGUGUCAGGACUAUGAGGAUAAAGUUGCAGAUUUGCUUGCUGUGCUUCUAAGCACUAGGUAUCCAGGGACUAGCCCAAAUAAAAGAAAACGACCUGGUAAACAUAACAUUCCACCAAACGCGCCGCCUUCAGCAGAACUAGUUUUAGGUCACUUAGAGCAAAUAAGAGUAUGUUGUGUUGAACAAGAUGAUAUGUCAAUUUUUAAUAUGGAGUGUUUGCAGAAAGCCUUACAACAAUCACAGUCAAAUAGUAGUGAUAGUUUAAAGAGACAAUAUGGUGAUUUAUUUUCAUUAGCUUGGGAAGAUGAACUUCCAAUAUCAAGAAGAGCAAGGAAAAUGGUUUCAAAUUCACUACCUAUGAAUCCUAACUUACAUUCAUCUAAUGAAGAUAGUGAGGAAGAGGAAAUUGUUAAACCCAAGCAAGCAAAACGAAGAAAGAAGGCAAUUUCUGACAGUGAUUGA